CUUUGUCUUGAAACCGAUGGGUCAACGUCCAUGGGGGUCACUUGUUCUUGCUUGUUAGUCCUAAUAUCAUUUGUUCUCUGCUGUUUAUUUGCAAAAUGCGGAUUUUUUUGUAGCUGUUGCAUCUUUUUCUCCGAAUUAUUGUUUAUUCCUAGUUUAUAUUGGUCUUCAAUAGACGUUGCGAAAUUUGAAGCAAAUAAGUACCUUUCCCUAUUUGACUCCACCUCCUGGGCUAAUGCCAGAGCGCUAGGUAGGUCUUUAGGGCGAGAGGCAAAUAGUAUGUCACAUAAAGGCCUGAUAUAAAAACUCUUAAAGCGUCAGCUCUAUAUUUUUCGCAAAUUGAUUCUGAUACUUGACCCUCAUGGGUCAUUAUGGUUUUAUUCGUGAGGAGAGUUAAUAUUUUCUCAACCUCGUCGAAAUAUCGAAGCACAGAUAGGUUACCCUGUCGUAAGGUGGAUAAUUGCUGUUCAAUUAAAUAUAUCGGUCGCUUGUCUGCGUACGUAAAGUCUAGUCUCGCGAUUAUUGCGUCGAAAUUUAAAACAGUGUUGAAGGAUGCCAAAAUGGCAUCAGCAGAAGCUUUUAUUUUAUUUCUAAUUAUACCAACUGCUUGGUAGUGUCUAGAACUUCUGAAAACUUUGUAAGAUGUAUGGGCAGCUUGUCGCCAAGACACAUAUGUACUGAUUUGUCCGUCAAAUUCUGGAAAUGAUUUUACCAGAUCAAGUGGUUCGUCACACCUUACGUUCGGUAAUAUUUUUACCGGUUGGUAUACUUUUGGCGUUUGACCAGUGGUCAAUGUAGUCAAUUGCUCCGUUAAUCGUUGGAGCUUAACCUUGAAAGUCUGUCUUUGUUGUUCAAGAGCGCUUGAGACGGCUGCUUGAACCACUGCGGUUACCUGAUUUGAAUCCAUUUUACUGGUCACCUGUAGUUUUAUAAUUCUUUCUAAGAGGUUUUCUAAUUCUGAGUCACUCAUAGACUUGGAAAUUAAAAUUGAAUAGAACUUGUAACCGUUCCUAUAGUCGAAUCAAUCAAUCACACUCUUUUGUUGAUAUGGCUAGAUAAUUUCAGUUAUUUAUUACAAUUUUCUUCACAAAUUCUGUUUCUAAACACAAUGUUUUUGAGAAAAGAUUACACUGUUUCUUUUUUAUUAAACUCUGGAAAAUUUGUUUCACAAAAUUUUAUGAUUAGCUCCUUAUAUUUCUAAAAUAAAUUCCUUUCAGUCUAUUUUGAAAACUUAGUUUUAAUUCAAAAGAAAUUAUACAGGCAGGUUCUGGAAUCCGAGUGAAAGUGAAUUUGAAAAUAAACCUCAAUCCGAGUGAAUUUGGAUUUUGUGUUCUGAAAUCCGAACUUUUUGUUCAUUUUAGAACUCGUUUUUGAUUCACCGCAAAAAUAAAAUUAACAGCUGAUAGCUGUCAAUUUACCUAAAAUAAAUAACAAUCUUUUAACAAAAAUGAGUGCAUUAGGAUUAUUGGCGGUUAUUUUACGCGAAAAUCAAAGGAAUAGAGAAGAAGUUUGCAGUAGGAGGAUACUACGGGACCAUUGCAACCCAUUGGAUGUGCCUGAACAAGUGUAAGUAUAUAGUUACUAUUUGUAAAGUGCUUUGUUAAUAAAAAAUUUAAUAGUUUCGUGUCGAACUAUCGCGUCAACAAGGAUGCGUUUCUCGAAUUGAUGAACGUUGUUGCUCCACACAUAAAGGGCUCAUCAAUUCCUGCGCAACUACAACUGGCAGCCACACUGAGGUUUUUGGCGGAAGGUGGCUUCCAAAAGGCAGUGGGAAAAGAUGUUUGCAUAGCAAUGGGUCGGAGCACAGUUGCAAAAGUCAUAAAACGUUUGUUGAACAUUUUGGAAAAAUAUAUUUGCCCAAGGUGGAUCAACUUAAUUAUGACAACAGAAGAGCAGAAUCAAUCAAAACUACAUUUCCAUCAAAAAUUUGGUAUUCCCGGUGUUAUUGGUUGCAUCGACGGUACCCACAUACGAAUUACAAAGCCGCAUAAGGACCCCAACCUAUUUUACAACAGAAAGGGAUUUUUUAGCAUCAAUGCCAUGAUUAUAUGUGAUUAUAAUAUGUCAAUAAAGGCAGUUGAUGCUCGCCGGCCUGGCUCGAGUCAUGAUGCCCUUAUUUGGAGUGUAAGUAGUGCUCGUUCAUAUUUUCAAUCCUGCUACGAAAAUGGCAUACGUGGCUCUUGGCUUUUGGGUGAUGCUGGGUAUGCUCUUCAACCUUAUUUGUUCACUCCAUUCAGAGAUCCCGAAAUUGGGACACCUCACUACAUAUUUAAUCAAAGGCAUUCUUCGGCACGCAAUGUUGUAGAGAGAACAAUUGGCGUUUUAAAAAGCCGGUUUAGGUGCUUAGCUCGGGGUCUUCAAUACCAGCCACAAAAGGUGGCGCAAAUAACGAAUGUUUGCUGCGCUUUGCAUAAUGUUUGCAAACAUUACAAAGUGCAAGAAUUAGUUGUUGCAGAUCUUGUUCCCGAAGAAAAUGAACUUGCAAGUUUUGAAAUAGUAAACGAUGCCAUACCUGACAGUGAAGCUGCAAUCAUUAGAGAGGAAAUUGCGAAUCGCCUUCACUCACAAAGUUAAAAAAACAUAAAUCAAAACAAUAAAUGUACAGGCAUAUAAAUUUAUGCGUUAGAAUAAGCGUUUAUUUAUUUCAAAAAUUCAAAAACUAAAAUAAAAUGAAUUCAAAGCAAACAAAAACUUGUUUAUGUACAUAUCUAUACUCGUAUAUUCUUUCUACGGUUGUUUGUUAGAGUAAUUUUGUUCCACAAACACUUUAAGCUCGGCAAUUUCAAUUUCUUUCAGUUUUAGCUCAUUGUCUUCUUGCCGUAACUUUUCCAUCUGGUAAUGAUGACGCAUACUUUCAAUAUUUCCUUCUUUUAAGGUCACAGUAAGUUCUUUAACGGCCUCACAAAGUGUAAAUAAAUUUGUGUUUAUUUUUUUGGUUUCCUCCAAAUUUUCUUUCAACCCAUCCACUACAGCUUUCAUGGCGUUUGUCUGUUCGCUGAUGUUUGUCAUGCAGUCGGCUACAGCGGGUUCCCGCCUGCGAGACCGCCCCGCAGCGGCGACAUUGCUAGUGGAGGGAAGAGGCUCUUCAUCAUCGGGAGUGUCAGAAGCUGAGUCAUUCCUCUCUGAUGGAACACCAAAGCUCUGCGUAUUAGGCACGCCUUCUACCACUGUAUAUAUGCCGCAUAAUUGUGCAAUUGCGUCUUCUGUCGGAGUAAGGACAUGCUUAUUGAACGGUCCUCCCCCGGUUGCUCUGGCCUCGGAAGUAUUAUGCGCCACUUUCUUUCUGAUAAAGGCCUUCCAGUCCAUCCAAACCUGUAAAAAUAUUUACAAUUUAAAUUACUUUGAUAAGUUUAAUUUGUUUGUUAACCUUUUUCCAGCCAGAUACAUCUUUUUGGGGGGGACCAUUUUUAUUUAAAUCUACCACUAAAUCUCUCCAUAGCGCGUCUACUUUUAUUUUGUCGCCUUUGACAAAUCCUCGGGCGAUAUUGCUGUGCUUCUCCAUAAAUUGAAGAAGGAUUGCUUCUUGGGUUGCAUUCUUGUGUUUGCCCAUUUAAAAGUUGUUAAAUUACGUGUUAAAACAACAAUAUUUUUAAUUUUUAAUUACUUACAUUUCUUUUAUACACCAAAUCCGCAAAUUGAAACUGAUGUGAAUGCUAACCGAAUUUUUUAUUGUGAAUUCGUUUUCCAGAACAUGCGUAUUCACUCGGAAUUCAUUUUAGAAAAAGUGUGGAAUUGAAAUUGUGAAAGUGAAACACAGAAUACCAAAUGCCGGAUUGAAAACGAAUUUUGUUUGAUAUUCACUCGGAAGUGAAUUUCAGAACCUGCCUGAUAAUGUUUUUAUUUUAAUGAGCACUCUAGAUACAAUACUCGAAACAUGUUUUUUAUUAUAAACUGCUUUCUGAGGAAUCCUCGGAUCCUUGGAGUCCUUGUAGGAUUGUAGCGAUUCUCUGUGAGUCCUUGUAGGAUACGUUUUUAAAGAUUGUAGCGAUUCUUUGUGAGUCCUUGGGUCCUUUGAAGUCAUUAAAGGCACUCCACCGCAAAAUACCUUGGUGAUUUUUACUUUCUGGAGAAUCCUUCGUAUCUUCUUUACCCGGUUGGUCGCCAAUUAUUUUUAGGCACUAGUGCGCUUUAUUCAGGUUCGAUCAUAACUAAACUCUAAAACAUUCUUACUCUUAAGUCUAAGCCUAAGUCGUCCUCACUGCCGCUGCCGUCGUCGCUGUCGUUGCUAUGUUUUGUCAGAUGCAGUGUCAGCGAAUCCCACGAUUUGCUUGCGCUAUAUUUGUGGUGCGCCAGCGGAUCCCAUGGCUACGGUAGCUUGUGAGUAUCGUUUGUUGUUGGAUCAUUAUUUGUGUGGGAAUGUCACAUACAUAAGUAUGUAUGAUGCUAUUUCAAACGAUUGUUGUUUUUGUAAAGCAAUGUUUGUAGUUUUUGUGGGUGACAUAUUUACAUUUUUUUUUUUAUAGUAGGAGGAAGCAUCGAAAGCCGGAGUGCGGGACUUUAAUCCGCUAAACCUAACCUACUCCCACCUUAUGUCUCUACCACGGGACCACUGGACAAAGUAUUACGUCAUGGGAGAGAAGAAGACGUUUAAGUCUGCUCUAAUGCAUCUGUUCUAAAUGUCUCAACUUUGUCAUAAUUAGAUUUGCCGCUCUGCUGACAGCUUUCCACUUUACAGAGGACUCGCACAUAUGCGUAGUCAAAUUUUCCACCGUGAUACUUAUAUGUGUACGCAUAUUUGUAUGUAGGUUUGUGUAUACAUUAUUUGUGUGGGAAUGUCAUACGCGCGUAUAUAUUUAUGUAUGAGUUAGCAACAUUAAAGUUAACUGCGAUAAGCAGAAUAAUGCUGGAUAAGCAAUUAACCAAUCAACAUCCGGCACGCGCAGUGUAAACUAUAGCCAGGCUGACCAACAAUAGCGCAAUCAUUGCAACAAUAGCAAUCAACCUCCGGCACACGCGGAAUAACGAGACACAUCCAUAGUGCCAGCAUAAGUAAUUUUUAAGUUAUAAAUAAUUGAUAAUAAAAAUUGUAAUUUUAGUCUUAGCAGAACAUUUGACAAUAAAGCUCAUUUUGACCAAAAUUAUAAAUUUUUUUAGCCGUUUUAAUUUAACCGGCAAUAAUUUAUGUAUGUACAUAUAGAACAGUGCGCGCACUUCAUAUUGCGAUACUGAUAAAUGAUAAUAUCAUGAUUUGCUUCUGAAUUGUACUUAUAUCCCAGCGGGGCAUAAAAGACCUUCAUAUGGCCUUAUUCAUGUCGGAAUUGUAAGGUAGAAAGGGCUUACUCCGCCAUAUAAGCUUCAUAUCUUUUUAACAUUGCGUGUCCUACACCGUUAGGCCUCACCUCUACUAUCUCUAAAAGGAGUAAAUGAGGCCUUACCUCUGCUAUCUCUAAAAGGAAUAAAUGAUGCCUUACCUCUGCUAUCUCUAAAAGGAAUAAAUGAUGCCUUACCUCUGACCCUUGAGGCCUUAUCUUAAUAUAUAAAAAUCACGUGU